GGUGGAAGUGAUGACCGACAUGGACAUCGUCAGUUUGAGUGAGGACGACAUUGAAUUUCAAAACCAGAACAAUGUUACAGCGGGAGCCUACAUAACAGAUGUGAGGAAUGGGCGAAAACCGGAAAACGGCCCGAGAAAGAUGGUCGAUAUUACCAGGGACAAACCUAUAAAGGUGACAAUUAGAGUGAUCGUACCCGUCAGGGACCACCCAAAGUUCAAUUUUGUUGGUAAGUUACUAGGCCCUAAAGGAAACUCACUUAAGAGGCUUCAAGAAGAAACAAUGACAAAGAUGGCCAUCCUAGGAAGAGGUUCCAUGCGUGAUCGACACAAGGAAGAGGAAUUACGUGGAUCCGGUGAUCCUAAGUUUUCCCAUUUACUGGAAGAGCUCCAUGUUGAAGUUACAGCAUUCGCACCACCAGCUGAGGCACAUGCAAGAAUAGCUUAUGCUCUUGCUGAAGUCCGGAGAUUUCUUGUUCCUGACUAUAACGACGAUAUAAGACAAGAACAAAUGUGGGAAAUGGCUGCCUUGCGUGGAGUCACAUCUUCCUCAGCUUCAUCGGAAGGCCCUGAGUCAACAGGUACGGAGGAUUCGGAACCAGCUUCGAGAGGAGGCAGUGGGCGGAAAAGGCCGCUAGGUAUAGCUCAAAGGAUGUCCAUGUCACCAACGAAGAGAACUGUACUCAGCAUUCUAGCAAGGGCCAGAUCUGCCCAAGCCCCAGAGCCUUCUCCUUUUGGACGCAGUUUGGUCGGUAUCCCAACUCUUCGUGAGGAAUCCCUUCUAACAGGCAAGAUACUCAUCAAUUAAAGCGAAAAAGGCACAUCAACCAACCUAUCGAUGAAGAAAUAAAAAAAAAAAAACUUAAAAAAAAAAACAACUGUAUUCGGUAAAUGACCCAUGGCUCGUUCAGGAAAAUCACACUCAGAUAUGCUGGCCAAUAAAGACAAUGAAUGAAAGCAAACCUGACUUUCACCGCUCCGAUCUUUAUUAGCGCAUAGGCUAAUGAAAUAAAAUUCCCACCCAUCUUACAGAUUUUAUACAUUAGAUUAUCGAAUAGUACAAAUUAUUAGUGAACCUAUGGAAAUUACCAAACUAAAUUAGGAUCAAUGAAAUUUUAUUUCUUAAUAUAUCGGGGCGGUGGACCUCUUCGGUUUGUCAGCGGGCAAAAAAAAAAAAAAAAAAUAAAUGAAAUAAAUAAGUAAAAUGAUAAUUAUAAGAGUGAUUUAAAACUUGAUCACACCCGGCCAAUGCAAGGACCAAGAAUUUUAAAUAUUAAGCAUGUCUUUAAGGAAGCUCAAAAGGUCGCUCAAAUACAUAUAAUACAUUCAUUAUUAAUGUAAAUAAGGUCAAUUUGGGGAUCUUAAUGCCACUGUACACAUUUAAAUAUUUUUUAUUUCUUUGUUUUAUAUCUGUGUUACAAGUGUCAUUUUAACAAAAUAGAAAUAUGGCAAUCAGGACAAUUCCCUUACAGUAACUUUUCCCUUUCUUUUUCAUUAUUUUUUCUCAUUAGUAAAUUUCUAAUGAACCUCAUGAUAGUUUAUGAAAGGUAAAGAUUGUUGUAUGGUUUUAUUUUCUCAUUUCUAUUUUUUUCCCCAUUUACUUAAAAUUAUAGUAUAGCUAAUAUUUUGUAAACAAUAGAAAUGGUCCUCAGGUUAGAAACUUACUUACCAAUAAGCCUGUAAAUCUUAUUUGGGCGGCCAAAAUAUAUUAGUAUUUUAUGCACAAUCUAGUUAGUACCACGAGGUUUAUUGUAGCUAAAACUGGAAACUUUCCGAUGUUGGAAUAAUUUCGAUUGAGUGGAAGGAUAGUUUCCUGUUGUUUCAUUAUUUCCUUCAUAUUUGUGUAAGUGAUGUUUUAAAUAUUCAUUAAGUGUUUAAAAGGAUUAUCUUCGUAAAGCAAAACUAUAAAAUAUUUUUUGUUUACAAGCUUUUGAUGUCGUGAUUGGACUGGAUCGAUGCUUUGCCUUAAUAAUAUCAACUUAACCAUGUUUUGCUUAAGAAGGCCUCACGAAAUAACUGUUGAAAGGAACUAUAAAAUCUUUAUGAUAAGAUAAUUAUAAAUGAAUAUCUAUAUAUUUUAAAAAUAAUGUGCUCAUAAUAAUAAUUUUUAAAAUUGAUAACACAACAGAUAUAUUAAUUUUAGUUCUGAAACUUGUUAUAACUCAUUCAAUUAAAAAUGAAACCAGCGAUAGAACAUAAAAUUAAUACAGAAACUUGUAAUAAAAGCUUUAGCUAAAAAUUCAAAGUUUUAUUGCAAAUUAUCAUUGCAUAUUUCCUGAAAAAAAGAAAAGAACAAGCUAUAGAUAGUUAUCAUAAUAAAAUAAUAUAUAUUUUUAUUUAAUCUGAUUAUAAUAAUAUUUAGAUACAUCUAUAACUAUAAACUUAUAUAUAAUAUAUACAGUUGUAAUUAAUUGCCAAAACCACACCAUGUAUGAAUUAUAUUUACAAAAAAAUGUUUUAUACAUUGAACCAAUUUUCAUAAUACAUUUACAACAAUCUAUUAUUCAUCAAAAUCAUCACAAUAGGUGUGUCAAAUUGAGGCAAAAUGGUCAAAAACGUCCUAGGGAAAAAGGCCUAAUAUCUCAUUUUAUUCUAUAACGCUAUAGAUAAUGUUUCAUCUUGAUUCAAUAGGAGUUAAAAAU